UGAAGCAGAUUGCAUUUCUUUUAUCAAAACUGAUAGGGUGCUGUUUUGACCCAUGCAAACCUGAUUGCAAACGUUGCUGGUAUGAGUAUCGGCAUCACACUGUACUCUUCAGAUAUUUACAUCUCAUAUCUUCCGCUGGCACAUAUAUAUGAGAGGGCUACCCAAGUAUUGCUGGUCUAUUUUGGAGGAGCUUCUGGAUUCUAUCAGGGAGAUAAUCUGAAACUAGUGGAUGAUAUAGCUGUAUUAAGGCCCACUGUCUUUUGCAGCGUCCCUCGGUUAUACAAUAGAUUAUAUGCCGGCAUUAUGAAUGCUGUGAAGACAUCUGGCUCACUCAGAGAGAGGAUAUUUAAUUCUGCUUAUAAUGCUAAGAAGCAAGCAAUUUUUAACGGAAAGAAUCCAUCCCCAAUCUGGGAUAGAUUGGUAUUCAACAAAAUAAAAGCAAGGCUAGGAGGAAGAGUUCGUUUGAUGGUCUCAGGAGCUUCACCAUUAUCUCCGGAUGUUAUGGACUUUAUGCGUAUAUGCUUUGGUUGUCAAGUUAUAGAAGGAUAUGGAAUGACUGAAACUUCUGGUCUUAUAAGUAACAUGGAUCAGAGUGAUAUCUUAUCUGGUCAUGUGGGCUCUCCUAAUCCUGCAUGUGAAAUAAAGCUUGUUGAUGUCCCUGAAAUGAACUAUACAUAUGAAGAUCAGCCUUAUCCCUGUGGUGAGAUUUGUGUAAGAGGCCCCAUAGUGUUCCAGGGAUACUACAAGGAUGAAGUACAGACGCAAGAAGUGAUUGACAAAGAUGGAUGGUUUCACACCGGAGAUAUUGGAGCGUGGCUACCUGGGGUCCGCUUAAAGAUAAUUGAUAGGAAGAAGAAUAUUUUAAAGUUGGCACAGGGAGAAUAUGUAGCUCCAGAAAAAAUUGAGAAUGUUUAUGCAAAUAGCAAGUAUGUUGCACAGUGCUUUAUACAUGGUGACAGCCUGAAUUCCUCUCUGGUAGCCAUAGUCUGUGUGGACCCAGACAUGUUGAAAACAUGGGCAAUAAAUGAAGGCAUCAAGAAUAAAGACGUGAAACAGCUCUGCACUGAUCCAAGAGCGAAAGCUGCAAUAUUGAAAGACAUGGAUACUGUUGGAAAGGAAGCACAGUUGAGAGGUUUCGAAUUUGCAAAAGCUAUCACUUUGGUGCUUGAGCCUUUUACAAUGGAGAAUGAUCUGCUUACUCCGACUUACAAGAUAAAAAGGCCACAAGCAAGAAUAUACUUUGCUAAAGAAAUAGCAAAUAUGUAUGCAGAACUCUCAGAAUCCAAUUCCUCUCCAAAUAAAAUCUUGUGAAAGGCAAAAAUAGUAUAUUGUGGUCUUAUGCUGUUGAAAUAUUGUCCAUCCAUCUCACAAUGAACUUAUAUAUUUAAGUAGUUAAUAUUGACAACAAGUGUAAAACAUAUUCUUGUGUAGAACCAAAAAUACAUUUUGAAAAGCUUUCAAUUAUAUAUAUUUUGUUCGAGCUGAAAA